AUGUUCAUUUAUCGACAUGAUGGUCGCAUUAUUGUUUUACUUCUCUACGUUGACGAUAUUGUGCUUAUUGGGAAUGACACAUCCUAUCUAGACUCAUUUGUUGCUACCUUGAGUUCUCAGUUUGCGAUGAAGGAUUUGGGUGCUUUGCACUAUUUUUUGGGCAUCGAGGUUACCACUACUCCAAGUGGUUUAUUUCUUUCUCAGUCCAAGUAUGCCUUGGACAUUCUCCAGCGAGCCCAUAUGGUGGACAUCAAGCCCAUUUCUACGCCAAUGGCUCUUCGAUCGUCUGUAGAGGGUGAUUCGUGUCCCUUCAUUGAUGUUACCCUCUAUAGGAGUAUUGUUGGGGGACUCCAAUAUCUUACUAUGACUCGUCCGGAUCUCUCAUAUGCCGUUAAUUCAGUUUGUCAGCAUAUGCAUUCUCCAACUGUGGCUCAUUUUGGAAUGGUGAAGCACAUCUUACGUUACGUCAAAGGCACUUUGGAUCAUGGUCUAUGGAUUGUUCGUGCUAGUUCUCUUACUCUUUAUGGAUUCUCUGAUUCUGAUUGGGCCGGUUGCCCGCUUACUCGACGCUCUACUACUGGAUUUUGCACAUUCCUUGGUGCCAAUUGCAUUUCUUGGAGUGCCAAGAAGCAGUCAACAGUAUCCCGCUCUAGCACUGAAGCUGAAUAUCGUGCUAUGGCAUCUACAAUAGCCGAGCUUACUUGGCUUACGUUUCUUUUGUGGGAUCUUGGAAUCCCACAGUAUUCGCCUAUUACUCUCUUUUGUGAUAAUAUCAGCGCUCUACAUAUGAUGGUCAAUCCGGUGUUUCAUGCGCGCUCCAAACACAUUGAGCUUGAUUAUCAUUUUGUGCGUGAGAAGGUGGCUCUUGGUCAUCUUGUUACUUGGUUUGUCCCGUCUAGACUUCAGGUGGCAGAUCUUUUCACCAAACCGUUAGCUCGAUGGGAGUUUCAUGCUUUGUGUCUCAAACUGGGCCUUAGUUCUCGGCUCAGUUUGCGGGAGGGUAUUAACCACCUGUCCACAUCAUCACAUCCACGUGGCCAAGAUAUCACGUGA